CUCUCCUCCUUCCUUUAGUAUCCCGGCACAAACGGCGCGCGCGCACGGGAUUCAGGCGCAGCGCGCUCGGGGCCAUGGCGGUCUCCGUACUGUGGUUGGUAGUAGCGCUGGUGCCGUUAGGAGUUAACUCGCAAAAUGAUGAAUAUAUUGAAUGGAACAAUGUCGACAGUCGAUGGCCACCUCAACCAUCCCAACCAACUGAAACUGCGAGAUCAUAUGAAACUUACGGUCUGUCAGCGCGGCCUGACGUGCCGUCUCCUCGAUCGCCGCCAGGUCCUGGCCUCAACUUUGCUGUCUAUGAUCCUGUGACAAGGCAACGUACCACAGCAUUCAAUCGCAACUGUACAGCACCCGGAUGCUGUGUACCAAAAUGUUUUGCAGAAAAAGGCAACCGAGGAAUUCCUGGAGCACCUGGGCCUCAAGGUUUGAGAGGCCUUCCCGGUCAUGAGGGCAUAGAAGGGCCGCAAGGUCCAAAAGGUGAAAAGGGACAAAUGGGGCCACAAGGCCCUCGUGGUCCCAAAGGAGACAGAGGAAAGCCAGGUGCACAAGGUUUUAUUGGACCAAUGGGAAUACAAGGUCCACAAGGUGAAUCUGGAAUGCCUGGAAUACCUGGUAAAGAUGGGUGCAAUGGAACAGACGGAGAACCUGGACCAAUUGGUGCUAAGGGAGUUCAAGGACCUCGUGGUUUCACGGGGCUAAGAGGUGACAAAGGUGACAAGGGAGAACCAGGAUAUACAGGUCGUUAUCCCAAAGGUCAAAAAGGAGAGCCUGGAGCUGAUGGAAUGCAAGGUAGACCGGGUCCAGUUGGUCCACAAGGACCCCCAGGGCUAGCAGGACCGAGAGGAAAUACCGGACCCAUGGGCCCUGCGGGUGAUAAAGGAGACAAAGGCUCUAAGGGGUCCCGAGGGUUAGCAAUAAAAGGAGACAAAGGAGAUAGAGGAGAUCGAGGUGACAGAGGUUCUUCAUGUCAACCUGGUACUUUACCGGUAGAUGAUGACAAAGCCGGAGUAUAUAGAGGAAGCCCAGGUGACAUGGGCGAAAAGGGUGCGAAAGGAGAACCUGGUUACAUGGGAGAAAAAGGAGAUACAGGACCUAUGGGUGAACCUGGUAUACCUGGACUUAUUGGUAUGAAGGGAGAAAAAGGUUUAAGAGGAAAUCCAGGCGAACGGGGUCGCGAUGGUACGUAUGGUGCACCAGGGCCAAUGGGACAAAAAGGAGAUCGUGGUUAUGAUGGUUUGCCAGGAUUAUCUGGAAGACCUGGCAGUAAAGGUGAAGCCGGAAGAGAUGGAUCACCAGGUCCUAGAGGCUUGAAGGGCAUACCUGGACCACCAGGAGGGUUGACAGGAUCCCGCGGCCCUCCAGGGCCACAAGGACCAAGAGGGUAUCCCGGUCCAGCUGGGCCAAAGGGUACUGAUGGAAAAUCUGGAGAACAAGGUCAACCCGGUCCUAUGGGUCCUCCAGGUGGACAAGGCGAACCAGGAGCACCCGGUAUCGAAGGACCUGCUGGACACAAAGGCGAAAAAGGCGAACAAGGACUUAAUGGAGCACCAGGUGGAAUUGGCCCUAGGGGAUAUGAAGGCCCUCCCGGUCCUCAAGGACCUAGAGGACUGAAGGGUGACGAUGGAUUGACUAUUCCUGGUCAAAAGGGUGAUGCUGGUUUACCAGGAAUCCCAGGUGAUAAAGGACAAAAAGGAGAAAGGGGCUAUAUAGGUAUACGUGGUGUGCCAGGUAAUUCUAGUUUGGGUAUCCCCGGAAGUCCAGGUGAAAUGGGUCCUCCAGGAGAGAAAGGCAAUAAAGGUAGUCCAGGUUUUGAUGGCAUACCAGGUAACCCAGGUCAAAAGGGAGACAUUGGAGGCCGUUGCAAUGAAUGUUAUCCUGGCGGCCCAGGUCCAAAAGGAGAUCGUGGGUCAGAUGGGUCAUUAGGUGCUCCCGGUGAUAGAGGACCAACAGGACCUGUCGGUUCUCCUGGGGAAAGGGGGGCUGAUGGGUUAAAUGGAAUGCCUGGAGGAGCUGGAGCACCGGGUGAAAGAGGUGAUGAUGGACCGAUCGGACCACCAGGUGAAGCUGGCGAAAAUGCACUGGUUCCUUCAGACUUAAUAAAGGGUGACCGUGGUGCUAAAGGUGAUCGUGGGCUGCAAGGACCACCUGGGCCAAAAGGAGAAAGAGGAUUUGAUGGUCCUAAAGGAGAUCGAGGACAAGUUGGUAUGCCAGGAACUAAAGGAGACAAGGGCGACAUGGGUCCAUCUGGAAUAGAUGGGAUUCCCGGUAAUGACGGAUUUCCAGGAACUCCUGGUAUGAAGGGAGGUAGUACAAAAGGUGAAAAGGGUACACCUGGUGAUAAAGGUUUUAAAGGUGACAAAGGUACUCCAGGUAGAGUGGGGAAAAAAGGUGAACGAGGACAAUGCCCGGCAAAUCUUAAAGAACUAACUAGAGGUGACCCUGGAGCACGAGGUGAACCGGGACCCCAAGGACCACCAGGUGAUUCUGGAGACAAAGGCGAUAAAGGAGUUCCUGGUCGACCGGGUGAAAAGGGAGAUUUGGGAUUGCCAGGAAGAAACGGUCCAGCUGGGGCUAGGGGUCUUCCCGGUCCAAGAGGAGAUAAGGGUGAUAUGGGACCCAUAGGGUUCCCAGGGACUCAAGGAGCAAAGGGUUCUCAAGGAUACCCUGGCAUACCUGGAACAAAAGGAGACAAAGGUGAAAUAGGCCCAUCCAUGCCUGGACCCAUUGGACCGCCAGGUCUUGACGGUCUUAAAGGAGAUCAGGGACCCAGAGGCAUAGCUGGAAUACCUGGUAACGAUGGCCCACCAGGACCAAUAGGAUUAACGGGAGAAAAAGGCGACAGGGGAUAUACGGGACGACCAGGAUUUGCCGGACCUCAAGGUUUAAAAGGAGAACCUGGUCCCGUAGGGCCUCCAGGCGUAUCUGGAACACCUGGUAUACCAGGAAGAGAAGGACCCAAGGGUCAGCCAGGGUAUCCUGGUUUGCAAGGAAAACCAGGAGUUAUAGGUUUGCCAGGAUUUAAAGGAGAACCAGGUAUACCCGGACGAGAUGGACAGAAAGGUUUACCAGGAACACGUGGUCGACCAGGAACACCUGGCUCAUCAGGUAUACCUGGAACUCCUGGCGAAAAAGGUGACAAAGGAGAUAUGGGUUUGCAGGGAGUAACAGGGGAACCAGGAUUAGAUGGACCACCAGGUCCAAUUGGUAUAACAGGCUUAAAAGGAGAUCAAGGCUAUCCUGGACCACCCGGUAUGCAAGGCAGAAUGGGACCACCUGGAGAAAAAGGAAACCUAGGACCACCUGGUCUUCCUGGUUUCAAAGGUGAACCAGGUCAAGCAUCAGAUAAAGGACAAAAAGGAGAAGCUGGAAUACCAGGUUUAAAUGGAUUAGAUGGAGAGCCUGGUCCAAGAGGAGAGAUAGGUGACAAAGGAGAUGCAGGAGCACCUGGUUAUGGAAUCCCUGGAGUUAUUGGACCAAAGGGAGACAGUGGUUGGCCAGGUCGCGAUGGAGUACCUGGAACUCCGGGUCUGAAAGGGAACGCAGGAAUUCCUGGAGCUCCAGGUAUGAAAGGAGAUAGAGGAUUGCCCGGUGAACCUGGAACACCUGGAAUGCCAGGUAUAGAUGGGGCACCUGGACCUCAAGGUGAUACGGGAUUACCUGGAUUCCAGGGUGUCAAAGGUGAACGAGGUGAAAAGGGAUCGGAUGGACAGAAUGGUUUCGAUGGCUUUAAGGGUGAAAGAGGUUCUGAUGGACUACCUGGUCCAAUAGGACCAGUUGGGUACCCUGGACUUAAGGGAGACCGAGGUCCUCCUGGCCCAUCAAUAAACGUGAAAGGAGAAAAGGGAGAAUUGGGUCCUCAGGGAUUAACUGGACAAAAGGGUGAUAAAGGAGACAGAGGUCUACCUGGACUGCAAGGCUUACAAGGCGAAAAGGGUGAUCGAGGAUACACUGGAGUGAAAGGCGAAAGAGGUCUCACAGGAUUUACUGGUGAAAAAGGUGAUAUGGGUCCCGCUGGUCCUACUGGAAUACCCGGAAGAACAAUAGUUGGUGAAAAAGGUUUGCCUGGUAUGCCAGGAAAGCAUGGUCGCCCAGGAUUAAAAGGAGCAUCUGGUGAAAAAGGUGAAAGAGGUUUACCUGGACUUCCUGGAUCAACAGGCCGGCCAGGAAUACCGGGUCUUCCUGGUCCAAUGGGAGAAAAAGGUGAUCAGGGUCGUGAAGGUUUGGCUGGGCCUCCAGGCAUCGAUGGCUCUCCAGGUUAUCCCGGAUCCCCUGGUAUUGUUGGUGCCAAAGGCGAUAAAGGAGACAAAGGCGCUACUGGAUUUGGCUUACCGGGAGAAAAGGGAGAUCAAGGACCUCAGGGUUUGACAGGAAUACAAGGUCAAAAGGGUGACAAGGGUGAUCGUGGUUUAAAUGGUCUUGAUGGACAGACGGGCCCAAUGGGUGCACCAGGUGAAAAAGGUGAUCAAGGGUAUCCCGGACGAAUAGGAUUUACAGGAAUACAGGGAAAUAAAGGUGACAAAGGUGAAGCGGCGGCCAUUGUUUAUGGACCUAAAGGAGAACCGGGCCCACGCGGCCCUCCUGGGUUAAAUGGUCUUGCUGGUUUGGAUGGUGCUCCUGGGGCACCAGGUUUAGAUGGUGCUCCAGGAGAAAAGGGCGAUCGUGGUUAUCCUGGUCCACAGGGUCCCUCUGGACCUCCAGGUCUUCAAGGCCUUCAAGGAUUGCAAGGUGACAGAGGAGAAAUUGGAUUCACGGGUAGACAAGGUUUACCCGGAGCACCCGGUGCACCUUGUAUUGCCCAGGAUUAUUUGACUGGAAUUCUUUUAGUAAGGCAUAGCCAAAGUGCCGUUGUACCGCAAUGCGAACCAGGUCAUGUAAAAUUAUGGGAUGGAUAUUCUUUACUUUAUAUUGAUGGGAAUGAGAAGGCACACAACCAAGAUUUGGGCUAUGCAGGAUCAUGUGUAAGAAAAUUCAGUACAAUGCCAUUCCUAUUCUGCGAUCUGAAUGACGUGUGUAAUUACGCUAGUCGAAAUGAUAGAAGUUAUUGGUUAUCAACUGGUGAAGCAAUACCCAUGAUGCCCGUGGAAGGAAAUGAUAUAGCCCGAUACAUUUCAAGGUGUGUCGUUUGUGAAGUGCCUGCAAAUGUUAUCGCUGUACAUAGUCAAACAUUGGAUAUUCCUUCUUGUCCGGGAGGUUGGAGUGAACUUUGGAUUGGAUACAGUUUUGUAAUGCACACUGGAGCGGGUGGUCAAGGAGGCGGGCAAGCUUUAGCUAGCCCAGGGUCAUGUUUAGAAGACUUCCGUGCUACGCCAUUUAUUGAAUGUAAUGGCGAAGGUGGGACAUGCCAUCACUUUGCCAAUAAACUCAGCUUUUGGUUGACUACUAUAGAGGAUAGUGAACAAUUCGCUAGUCCGAAAAGAUCUACACUUAAAUCUGGAAGGUUACUGGAGCUGGUAUCAAGAUGUACUGUUUGCAUCAAAAACACAUAGCUAGAAUCAUAAUAUUAAUGUUAUUUAGGUAGACUUUUUAUAAAUAUUGUGUACAGUAUAAUAUAUAGUCUGGCGAGAUUACAACACACCUACAUUUCCACACUAUUUUAAAAAAUAAAAAAAAAGAUCGAAUAUAUAAAAUUGUACGUUAAAUGUUUUCUAUCAUAAUAAAAUCACACCAAAGC